AUGUCAGAACAAAAUAACGCUUCCACAACCCAGGACAAAAUAUCUGUUAUUAAUUUUAAAAACCUCACAUUUAAUAUUCUAAAAUUUUUCGAUGAUCCUAUUGUUAAAAUUGAAAAAUUCCCAGAACUAGAUAAAUGCGUAUUAUGUAAUAAAGAAAUUUUUUUAAGUCCUAUUAAGUCAUUCACAAUACUAGCUUGCAGUCAUGUAUUUCAUAGAAUUUGCAUCGAUAAAGAAAUUUUACUUACCAAAGAAAACAUAUGUCCUGUUAAAAACUGCAAAAAAAGUAUUGAAAUUCUUGAUCAGUUUUCUAGACAGGAUUCAGAAUCAAGCACGGCAUCAAUUGUUAGAAGAAUGGAAAAAUAUAAUAUUCGAAGUCCUCAAGAAAUUCCAGAAGAAGACAUGUCAGAUGUAGAUAAUAGAGAAGGUGAAGAUAAUCUAUUUAAAAGCCCCCACAAAAGAUCAUUCGUGGAUACUUCUAAAAAUAAAUCACCUAGCAAAAAAGCCAAAAAACAGGUUAAGAGAGAGGAUUCUCCUAUAUUAAAAAAAUUAAUUCAGGAAUUGACUUCACCAACCUAUCAACAAGUUGAAGGCCCCAUCACUUUGCAGUUGAGUGUCUCUAAGAUAGAUGUAAGCUCGCUUGAUUUUCUCGAUUUAUAUAAUAAGAUUGAUACUGCCGAAAACAAUCUUCAGAGAACCACCCAUGAUUUGAUUCGAUGUUAUUAUAAUUUUGACCAAGCCAUUAAGCAGUUGUUCGAUCAUUUUAGAAAAACUUGUAAUGAGGAUGUAUCUAAUGCUCGAGUUAAUGAUAGAAUCAGGGAUCAGAUUUCUGUACAAGAUAAACUUACUGAGACUAAUCUUCGAAAAAGAAAGAAAAGAGGUAAAAAGGUUUUUAGGCUCUUUAGUAACGUUGGUGGUAAAGAAUGA